AAUGCUCGGGACCUACAUCUAGCAGGCCGUAUACCCUCCAUCAACAGUCCAUUGAGCUACGAAAUUGGAAUUAGUCCCAAGGUUCUUGCUCCAGGUUCGGUGAUCUUACCUCCAGUCACAUAUGAUGCCUCAUCGCUCAACAGGAAACAUAAAACAUUGGCCACUUCUUCAGCCUUGCCCAUGCGGCCCAGCAGGGUUGCACCGCCCAUGACAUCCGCGCUGAAGAGGCCCUUCUCCUCGCCAUCGCGGAAGAUGCGCGUAUCUAUCGGUCCUCUAGUAGUAGCUUUUGUCAGUCAAAAAAAAAUCUCAUUCGCCAAUAAUUUUUUUAAUCGUUGUCACACGCACGGAAGCAGAGCAUUGAUCCUCACGCCGGCCCUUCCAUACUCGCCUGCAGCGGAUGCCGUCAAUCCGAUGACUCCAUGCUUGCUGGACGAAUACGCCGCGCUUUUCGGCAGGCCGUGGAUGCCCGCAGUGCUGGCAACGUUGACGAUCGAGCCGCCGGGCUUCGGGAGAUGCGGAAGCUGA